AUGCCCCAGCUGGACGUGGAGUGCACGCCUGCGUCGUGGCCGCCAGAGUGCAGCGCCGGGGGCAGCGGCGGCGGCGGCGGCAGCAGUGACGGCGGCAGCGGCGCGGACCCAGGGAUUGGGAACGGGCAGGGGGACGGCGGCCAGCCGCCUGGGGCGGGCGAUGGGGGCGACGGCACGGGCACCGCCUGGCCGCCACCGGGCGCAGACCCUUCGGUGCCGGGCGACAGCCCGGCAGCUGCGGCGACCUUGCUGCCAAGCGGCGCACCCGGGGCAGCGGCGUGGAAUUCGGGCGUCGGCAGCGGAGGCAGAGGCGGCAGCGGGGCGGCCAGCGUGAGCGGCGGCGGCGGCGGCGCCAGCGGCGGCUCUGGGGCGCAGCUGAAGCCCACUUUGGGCGCCUCGGGCGUAAGACGACGGCCUGUUGCGCCAAGCAGUGCAACCAGCAACAGCAGCAGCAGUACUAGUAGCAACAGCAGCAGCAGUAGCAGCAGUAGCGGCAGCAGCGGUGACGGCAACGGCAGCAGCAGCGGCGGCAAUGUGAAGAUCGGCAGCAGCAAUGUCGCGGGAGCGAGCCUUUGGGAGCCCUCCAGCGGCCCGAGCGGCGCCCCAGCAGGCGGCGGCGUUGGUGGGGGCAUCAGCAGCGCCACCGGCCACGCCAGCCCGCUGGCGCCUGCAGGCGGCGCCGUGUCGCAGGCCCAUGCCACAGCGGCCGCGCACCCCGCGACCGCCGCAGCCCUGCAGCAGCCUGACGCCGUCGUUUCUGCCCCAGACACGGCUGUGGGGAGCGCGGCCGCGCCCCCGAGCGGCCCCGGCGCUGGCGCCGGCGGCGGCGCCGGCGGCGGCGCAGACCUGUACACUGCGAACGUCGGGGGCGACGUCCCGGCGAACGCGACGGCGGCCGCGCUGGCGUGCCCGCCGGGCGCGGCGGUCGACCUGCGCGGCGGGUGCUGCCAAGGUGCCGCCCUGGACUCCCAGGGUCAGUGCUGCGACUUCGGCUGGGUGGACGCCUGCGGCGUGUGCAACGGCACCGGCUCCGUCCUCGACGCCCAAAACAACUGCUGCGUCGGCUCCCUCGACGCGCAGGGCGUCUGCUGCCCGGCCGGCAGCGACGUGGACGAGUGCGGCGUGUGCAACGGCACCGCGGCGUGCAGCGUGCGGCUGCAGCUGCUGGGGCUCGUCGCGCGGCCGGAGCCCUACCUGUCAGUCAAUUCGAACCCCAACAAGCGGCUGCGCGCCGCAGUGCAGGACGAGGUUGCGCGCGUGGUGUCGCGCCAGCUGGGGGCGCCCUUUGACCGGUCGCUGGUGACGGUCAAGAUCUCGGCGCCCGGCGGCGGCAGCGAGCUCACCGCCGGCGCCGUCGCGCGCGCGCGCCGCGAGCGCGACGCGCUGGCGGUCUGGGCCGACGACGGCGGCAGCAGGGGCGGCGGCGGAAGGGGGGGCGGCAGCGGGGCCGGCAGGCCGAGGUCCAGCGUGGACGCAUGGUUGACUGGCGGCGGUCUGCAGGCCAGCUGGGCGCAGCGUAUGGCCCUUGGUGGCCCGUACCUGCUCGCUGCCGCCCAGCCGGCGCCUACUGUGAUAUCUGCGGACUCGGCAGCGCGUGCAGACAGCAGCAACGGCAAUGGCAGUGGUGGCAGCAGUAGCGGCAGCAGUAGCAGGAGCAGGUACGCAGGCAGCCGGCUCACUGGCGGGGCAGGGGCGCGCAGCAUACUCAUCGACAUCACAAUCCGCGGCGCAUCCGCCACCGCGCCCCCCGGCACGGCCGCCGCGCUGGCGGCCGCGUUGACGCUGGUCGGCACGAGCCUCGCGGUGCCCGGCGCCGCGGCGGGCACGCAGCUGGCGUUCUCAAGCCUUGAGGCCGUCGCGCGUCAGGGCACAUGCGGCAACGGGGUGUGCGAGGUGGGGGAGCGCGUGACCACGGACAACCCCGGGGAGGGCUGCCCCGCAGACUGUGAGUUCCGCUUCUGGUCGUGCCCGCCGUUCCUGCCGCUCGACGGCGCUGACUUCAGCGGCAGUGGCAACAGUAGCAGCAGCAGCAGCAGCAGCAGCAGCAGCAGCAGCAGCAGCGGUGGCGACAGCAGUUCCAGCCCGAGCAGCAGCGGCGACGGCAGCGGCGACGGCGGCGCGCCCGCCCCCUGGGUGGGUGCAGCACCUCUGGCGUCUGCGGCGCGCCCGCCUGCGUGCAGCGGUUUCGGCAUAUGCUAUGCAAUCGGCGUGUGCAGCUGCUUUGACGGUCACUCGGGCGACGACUGCUCGGCCUGCGCACGCGGCUUCACUCGCGCGAACGGCCACUGCGUCGUCGCGUCCCGCGCUGCCACGCCGCCGCCCGCCUGCCCAUCCCCGCCGUGCGGCGCGGCGGCACUUGCGGCGGCCGCGGAGGCGCAGGCCAAGGCCGAAGCAGCUGCGAGGCGGCAGCAGUUCCGCAGGGAGAAGGGCGCGGUGAUAGGCGCAACUGUGGGGUCACUGGUGCUGAUGGCGUCACUCGCGGCGGUGACGCACAAGUACCACUCAAAGUGGCAGCUCGAGCUGUUCCGCAAGCUGGUCAAGGAGCUGUCUGGCCAGGCGGCAGAAUAG